GUUUUUAUUUAGUUUUUCUGUAUUUUUUUUUUCAUGUUUGUUAACACUGUAAUAAUAAUACCAAUAAAUCGUGUAAAUAAAUAAAAUCUCCAAUUUUCUGAAUUCAUACCCCAAACAAGGAAAAGGGGGAAAAACAAAAACCCAGAACUUCAAUAUCUCUCCUUCAAUUUCUAACCCCAAAUUUAAUGGGAAUCGAAAAUUAUCCCCAAUUACAAGCUUAAAUUUGCUUGUUUGAAUCUCGUUACAGAGAGAUUAUCGAUUAUCAAUCAAAUUUCGAAUUUUGGAGCUUUAUAAUUGUACAGUAGAGAUUUAAUCGGGAAAAUUAGGGUUUCUUUUUCGAUUCAAUUUGGUUUAAUUUUCAUCAAAUUAUGUUCUUUUAGGGUUAAAUUGAUUGUAGAUAAGUAGAGAUUAGGGUUAUGGAGACGGCGGAGAGCAGUAAUAGAGGGAGGAAAGAGAGAGAAGAAGUGAAAGUGAAGUUGAAGACAUUGAAAGCAGUUAUGGAACAGUGUCAAAGAGCUCUUGAAUCUCUCAACGCCGAUGGUUUACACGAUGAUGCCGAUAAUUCUGAUGAUAAUGAUGAUGAUGAUGAAGAUGAUAGCAAAGUAGCUGAUGAAAGAGAUAAUUGCGGUCGAUCUUCGCCUUCUUCUUCCCCAGAUUAUGAAGCCGAGGAACUGUGUGGUUUGAUUAAGUCGAGGUUAGAAGGUCCAGAAUUUCUUGAAAGGAUAGAGAGUGCUCAGCUCUCAGUUCAACAAAAACUUCCUGGAGAAGAAGGUAAUUCUUGGGACAUGGUGAGUGAUAAUGAUUUGUGGGAAGGUGGGAGUGCUGAGGAUGAUGAAGAAGACUUUGUAGUUGUUCGGCAAGAAGACAUUGUCGAUGGAAUAGCGUGCUUCAUGGCUGCUUAUCUAUUGUCUCUUAAACAGACGAAGGAUCUGAGUCCUAACAAACUCCAAGAUGCUCUUAGCAAAACUUUCUCGAUAAAAAAGAGAAAGGGGAAGCUACGAAAAGCAUUGGAUGGAACUAGAGUAAUCUACAAUGUUGCGUCCUGGAGUGCAACUGCAGUUGGAAUAUAUCAAAAUCCUGCACUUCUUAGAGUUGCGACAACAGCCUUCUGGACCUCUUGCCGUGUCAUAUCAAGGCUUUUCUAAAUUGUUUCCAGUUAGAGAAGCCCAAGAGGGCUGACCAUGCUUCAUGUGUUCGGUUAAAUUUGUACAAUCCUUUCACGUUCCACAAAAUACUAUAGAAAGCAAGUGCAUUCUUUUGUGUGCUGGAUUGAUUGAAUUCUCAGCAGAAACAGAUCAUGUAAAUAUCUCCAUUUAAAUUAAUUCAUCAGUUUCAGGGUGCUUAACAGUUACUGUACACCUUUCUUUUCUCAA